GACCCUGCUGUGAAAGGGCGGGCGGCGGCGGUAGAGCAUCCCUCGCCCUCUCCCGAGGGACGGAGACAAGCGCGCGGCCGCGCAGAAUUCCGCCCUUCCUGGAAAGAGCAGCGGCCACUUUCACGGACUCUCGCGUGUCCGACUUUCUUUUCCACACUCACGGCUCGCCCCGCAGCACCGAGAGACCGACGCAAGGGCGCCCCCACCCCGGACUGGCGAAUUCCGUGCCCUCGAGGCAGGGAGAUGGGUAUCAGUGCUGCCCCGGGACUCCUGGCUCUGGUGGCGCUUUCGACGCUCGGGCGCCUCGCCGGAGCGGGUUGCGUCGAGGAAAGGCGCUGCUGUCCCGGGCGGGAUCCGACGUGCACCGCCACCGGCUGGCGCCUAGACAGAAUUUACGGGACCUGCUUCUGCGACGAGGCGUGCGAACAGACCGGCGACUGUUGCCACGACUACGCCCAGGCGUGCCCAGCUGUUUCGUGUGUUGUGGGGGAAUGGAAUCACUGGAGUGGCUGUGCAGAACAAUGUAAACCCACCUUCCGGAUGCGUACACGUAUUAUACAACAAGAGCCAAAAAAUGGUGGGGAGCCUUGUCCUCCGUUGGAAGAAAAAGCUGGCUGCCUGGAAUACUCAACUCAUGAAGGGAAAGAUUGUGGAGAUGUUCCUGCAUUCAUAACUACUUCUGAAUAUAGUAAAGAGAGAAAAAAGACAGCUGUACAUCCAAGGUGGUCUUCAGAAACAGAAGAUUCUAGGAGUUACUGUGUGGAAUUUAAAACAGAAUCAUUGUCUCCUUACUGCUCUAUGGAAACUCGCCCGUAUGCUCGAUGGAUGCAGUACCUUCGAGCAGGCUAUACAGUAUGUGUAAUCUGCCAGGAGCCAGCAAUGCACAGAGAUAGCUAUCGUUGUCCUGGAGAUGGAACUGAUACUGAUAGCUAUGGGCUCCUUCUCUAUUCUUACCUCUUCAUUCUUUAGGCAGCACUUUUCCACCCAUCUCCCAAGGUUGUUCCCACAUACCAUCACAAAUAUAGUUAUAUUAAACGUAUCUAUUAAGAGUUCUACUAAUAUUGGAAUGGUCAAGGAGACGAUUCCUCCUUCUACCUGCAUUUCUUCAAAAGCUGGAAAACUGGAAGACCAUUCAAAGAAGCAUGAGAAAUAUAAACAAUUGCUGUGAAUGUUUUGCACAAAAUACAACAUCUCUGUAAAGCAGCCACAUUUAUUUUCAGGCUUCUAAGGAAGUGGGAAAGGAGACAUGACUUAAAUGAGUCACAUGAAAGAUGACAUUGUCUUAAUGAGUCGUUUUGUUAAAGCAUCAUCUUUUAUCAUGAUCACAUGGAGAUCUGUUUAAAGGGCUGCCAUUCCCUUGCCUUUUGAAGUAUCUCUUCAGAAGCAUUUCAAAAUGACACAUAGGUGUACUAUGAUCCUCUUUCCAAGACCAUCUGCUAGAUACCAGAAUCCUGAAUGAGAAAGAAUCUUUAUGUUCAAGAAAUGUCACUGUUUGCAUCCCAACAGUUUGCAACUGUUUCAGUCAAGAAAAUACUAUUUGCUCUUAUAUGGGUAGUGAAAAUUACUGCGGUGUCCUUGUAACUGUUUGCUAUCUAUAAGAAUAUUCAAAUAGGGAAGUCAUUAUUUACACCAUUCCUCACAAUAGGAUAUUAACGUUCUAUGAAGGAAUAUCUAUACCAUUAAGACAAUAUA